CAAGAAAAUGCAUUACAGAAGUUAUGUGAUUCUUUUAAAUGCUCUAUGUUUAAGCUGCUACGGAGUUGGGGGCCAACAUAAAAAUAAUUUUAGUCUGACAAAUGUUGAAACUCCAUUAUCCAAUAGUUUUCAAGAUAGCCCCACGCGUUCUAUGAAUUGUUUCGACUACUAUAUGUCAACAAUGAAAGAAAUCUCGGAACGCUUCGAAGACAGCUGUGAAGUUUGCAUGGACAACGCCAAAAGUGGAUAUGAGCAAGUUGAAAAAGAAUCUUUGGAACAACGGCAAAAUUUAGCGGGAAGAGUAUCCAACUCCUGCAAUUCAAUAGAUACUUGCGAUAGUAAAGAAUCAGGUUGUUCAGCUUUCGAUUGUUAUGCCAAAGAGGGUUUUACAAAUGCCAAAGAUUUUUAUAAGCUUUCAUCAGAUGCUUCCAUAUAUUUGGCCGACAUGAAAAGCGAAUUUCGUAGAAUUGAUAGGCAACAACAGACAUGUAUUUCUAAGGCUCAGAGAGUUUUCAACGAAGAAUCUGAUGAGGCAAUGGACGACCUGAGUAAAUGUUUAAAGGGGACAUCACCGUAUCCAGUACCCUCUCCUUCCGCUGCAGCCCCACUGCAUCAUCAUAAAGUGUUAUAA